GAAGAAUUAAAAACUUCAAACCAACGAAGAAGAAAGCAACAGGAAGCAGAAGUGGAGCUACCGUCACGAGAGGCUUCCGAUGGCAGGCAGAAAGGCUUUGAAGGCUGUGCUGGUUGACCUGAGUGGAACUCUUCAUAUUGAAGACACAGCAGUACCAGGGGCACAGGAUGCUCUGAAUAGGUUACGGCAUGCUUCUGUCGCUGUAAAGUUUGUGACCAACACAACAAAGGAAAGUAAGAGGAACUUAGUGGAACGACUGCAGCGUCUCAAUUUCAACCUCCAGGAACAGGACAUCUUCACUUCCCUAAGUGCUGCAAGGAGUUUGUUAGUGCAGAAACAACACAGACCACUUUUGCUGGUGGAGGACAGUGCACUGGAAGACUUUGCUGGUAUUGACACAUCGGAGCCAAACGCUGUUGUUAUCGGACUCGCUCCUGUUCACUUCAACUACCAAAUGCUCAACAAGGCUUUCAGAUUGAUUCUCAGUGGAGCUCCUCUCAUCGCCAUCCAUAAGGCUCGAUACUACAAACGUAUGGAUGGUUUGGCCCUUGGUCCUGGGCCCUUUGUGACAGGACUUGAAUUUGCCACGGACUGUAAAGCUACUGUUGUUGGGAAGCCAGAAAAUACCUUUUUCAUGCAGGCUCUGUCCGAUUUAGGAUGCAGGCCAGAUGAAGCAGUCAUGAUAGGAGAUGAUGCAAGAGAUGAUGUAGGCGGGGCCCAGAACACAGGAAUGUUGGGAAUUCUUGUCAGAACAGGUAAAUACAGAGAGGGAGAUGAGAACAAAAUCAACCCUCCUCCCUACCUGAUAUGCAACAGCUUCCCAGACGCUGUCGAACACAUCCUGAAAAAUCUCUUGUAACUUUAGAAAUCUACAGUCUGACUCUUUUUUCACUCAUACAUUACAAACAUUCUAAAUACCACUGUCACUGUUCUAGACUUAUUGUGAUAUAACAGUGGUUUAGAACCCUCAUUGUAGACUUCUUGUUUUAUCUCUGCAUGAUAAAGGAAGAUUGACCUUACAUCUGACCAAUCAUUUUGGAAAUAAAAAUGUAAUUUAACCAAA